GCGUCUCCUAACAUUCAUAGGAUGCUUGCUGCGAAAUUGAGGCGGUCUGAAGGAAGCUGGAGUCAAAUUCCUCACGGCGUGGGAGCUCCAACACGACAUAGGGCAGCGACUAACUAACUGGAGGCUCGCCCAUCGACGGAUCAAUGGUCCGCAUGAUCGACAAUCACGUAAAACUCUGCCAAUUCUUUCUCCUUUCAUCACCGCGUCGGAUAUUGCAUUGUUAUUCGUUAGAAGACCAUCCUUUUUCUUUGGAUUGACUGCCGCUUCACACGCAACUGAACUACUCUUUUGCAUCAGAAAAAUCCCUUAAACUCCCCGAUUGGAUAAAUGUUUACGAAGGACUAAAGUGCUGCAGCAAAAAGUUGCUCUGUGAAGUGGUAGUUUUGAACAAAGAAGUCUCGACUUUUUCCACAGCGGAAGUGAGCUCAGUCAUGCUCCGUGUCAGUGCAUAGCUGCUCGACGUCACACGACUGUUGGACCACCAGCUGCUUCGUCGUCUUCUUCUUCUUCUUCAUGGAGCCAUGUUUGCUGGAUUGUUGGGCCUGAAAUGCCACGGCAAUUCCCUGCAUCACCACAGCCAAGGAGUCAUGGAAGGUGGCAGAGCCUCAGGGACAGCUGGCAGCGUCGGCCGUAAGAGGCUCCACUGGAGGCCUGGCUACAUGAGAGGGGAGCAGUCCAGACCACAAAGCACUACUGAUGAUCCGGAAGAUGAGGAGGAGGAGGAGGAUAAGGAAGAAAGAGAAGAUGGGGAUAUUUGUAUAAGGAAUGGGAAGAGUGGAUGUCAAACUAAGGGUAUAAUAUCAUCUGCUGUCAAAAUAUCUCCAAUGAACAUUGCACAACCUGAAAAAAGCUCCCAUGACAUUCCUCUUCCCUUCCCCAACGACAGUGCCUUCAGUGGUGCAUCCAGUCAACCAAAGAGUGAACACAUGUUAAACCACAGCCUAGUACUCCAGCAUUCAGCUACCCCGGAAGAGUCUUUCAGUUCCAGCUUCAGUUUCAUUCAACAGUCUCUCAGGACUUUCACGGCCCCUGCAACACCAGCACGUGACCCGCAGCUUCAAGCCACAGAAGUGCCUAAUUUCUCUCAAAUUAAACCAGCAUCGUUGUUUCCUGAUCAGUCCGAGUCUAAACCGUCCUCCCAGGUCACCUCCAACUCUAACCUAAGCAGCCAUGAAGAAAGGGAGACACUCUCGUUAGGUGGACGAUUUUGGGGGGAACAUGUGUGGGGGAGCAGGGAGGUGUCAGCGUCCGUCCCCGAUGGCGGCUUUCCGUGCCUGGAUACAGAAAUCACCUCUUCACUGUCACUUGACUCAGACACCGCCUCUGCAUCCUCAGUCACGUCGGGAUACGAGAGCGCCACACCCUCUUCUGACCAAGGCUGGGACAAUUUGAUCAAGAAGUAUGAUCACGUUCUACAAAACUGCCUCCACAACAACCGAACGCACACUAAGAUCGAGUCCAUGAUGUUAAAGCUCCAGAGACUGCAGCAAAAAGCCAUUGUGGAUGAUGACUAUGAUGCAGCUGAGCGAUUUGGGAAAAAGCUGGAGGAGCUGUACAAGGAGCGAGGAGCUUUGAAGCUGGGUUUACCGUCCAGACAGCCCAGCGUGGCUCUGUUCCUCCAGAGACUCAGAGAGGUUAUGCAGAGCGCCCUCCACAGGGCAGAUAGCAGUCAGCCCAGAUCAGGAGCAGAAUUCGAUGCAGGAGAGCGGUCGGACGCAGUGCGCAGCCGAGAUCGUUUCAUACAAGAAAAACGAACAGUCGAGGAGGAAAUCAAGGAACUGCAGCAGAGACUGGCGGAGCUAAAGGAUCGCAGUCGAUGUUUGGACCAGCAGAUCCAACAGGAGGAGCAGCACAUGGAGGCUGAGGAGCUGGAGGGCUCCGUGCUGAGGAGCUGCACCACGGCCCAGCUCCAAGACAUGAGCCAAAGCCUUCAUGAUCUUGUGAUGUCUAAGAACCGCAUCCAGAUCUCGGUCUCUCCUCCUGCUUCCAUGCUCAGGGGAUCCGAUUUGAAGAUGUGGAUGACAUCAAGAUGGCCUUUACAACGGAGCUGCAGAGGAUCCCAGACGAAAACUUCCAGGAGUGCUUGCAGACUCCAAGAACAGGAGCAGGCAUUGAAUCUAUCGAUCAAGGAAGCUACUGCCAAAGUGGUCAUGAGUCAGAAGCUGGGUAGCAGCCUCAGGAGGAAAGUCAGCGAGACUGAAACUCAGCUCUUAGCUUUGCAUGAAGCCAAACUGGCUGCCAUCUCAGGUAACGACUUCAGCAGUGCCAAGGAGCUGAAGGCUGAGAUGAAGGCAGUGUUUCAAGAGCAGGAGCGACUGGAGGCUCUGGCCAGCAGGCUGCACAGUCUCAGCUCAGGGAGCAGCCAAGAGCUGGCCAGGAUGAAGGAGCAGCAGCAGCAGCUCAGACAGGAGCUUGAGCACAGGGAGGUGCAGCAUGAAAACCAGCUGAAAGACAAUGCCGUCAAGUAUAGUGAGCUAUUGGAGGACAGGUUGCGCAGCUGUAGCUGCUCAGGCUUGGAGCGGAUUUGGGAGGCCGACCUGGAGGCGUGUCACUUGUUCUUACGAGGCUUGCAGCUACGGAUAUCCAUCUGCAGUGGAGCGGACGUGGACGACCAUCUCACCACAACUGGCUAUGCUUCAACUCAAAUGUGCCCCAAAGAGGAAGAAGACUGCGCCAUGUUGACUGCUUUAGGCGGCCGCUGGUGUUCCGAGGCCAAUUUACAGAACUCUGAGUUCACCAAGAAAUUGGAGGAGUUUUUGUUCUGCAUGGAGGAUAAUAGCCCACAGGAUGUGUCCAGCGAUGAUGAGGCAGCAGACCUGGCCGAGCGCUGUGAGCUGAUCAGUGACAGACUAAUGACCCUGGAGGACGAUUUACAGACGGCCAUACUGAGCCGGGAUCAGACCCUCGCUGAGUCACUGGAGAAGCAAGUUCAGGAAGUUAAAACCACUUUGCAAAACAUGCUCGCUCUGCUCAGAGAGGAAGUCGAGGAGGAGGUGCAUGUUCAUGAAUCGCAGGACGAAGACGACCCUGUGGAAAAUGGGAUUUUGGAGGAGGAAGAAGAGGAGGAAGAGGACCAGUACUUCAGUGACAGCUGGGACAUCUGAAGCGGAUGCCUGUUGUGUUUUGUGAGCACUCAAACUGGGAGCCUGACCUGCACUGCAGCAGAACUGACCCCAUCCCCAUUUCAUGUAAAGCCACACUCAGAGCAUUUUGCAAGCAGCCCCCCUGUGGAACUGCUCAAAGUCUCCAGUUCUUGCUUUGCUGAAAAACACAUUUUAAACAUGCAGGGAUAUAACACUUCAAUUCAAAGUAUGUGUCUUCGGGCUUGUCAGGCAAAUUUUGUUCCAGUUAAGAUAUCAAAAAAAGAAAUUAUUUUGCAAGUGUAGUUUUCAAUGAAGGGUUGGUCUUUUGUUAUAAAUUACCAAUCAUAAAACUCAAAUGACCAACACAGAGAUCAAACCCCCAAAUUUACACCACUAUUUGAUUAUUUGUGGGACCAAGAAGACAAUCUAAGAGAUCCUUUACAUGGUUAUAGUCAUGCACAGAAGUGCUUAGGUUAGUGUUUAGGUCUUGUGGCUCUUUUUGUAUUUUGUUCUUUACAAGUGGACAUUAUGUAAUUUUGUGGCUGUGGUGCUAACUUGAACACUGUUGUUAGUUGUGAAAAUGCAAUUACUCUGCUUUGUGAGUAUUAGGGCUACACUGAUAAAAACAAACUAAAACGUACAUUUACGUCAACAAAAGUUGUAAAGUUAAAAGAAAAAAAGCUGUAUUAUAUUAUAUAAUAUAUAUAUAAUAUAAUAUAUAAUAUAUAUUCAUUGGAUAAUAUUGAAUAUUAGAAACACUUACCUGUAUGGUUGAUCAAACACAUCCACCAUACAUAAGGUGAUUUUGGUGUUGGUAGUUUUUUCUCAGGAACAGACACACGUUUACAUAAUUACAUUGAACGAAUUACAUUGACGAUGGUGUUUGUGUGGCAAAACAUCGACUCUUAUAGUAAAGUUUAACUUGACAGCAUCCUUAAUAACAGUCCUCAUUAAAACACAGGUAUAUAUGUUCUUUCUAAUAAAUAUGUAUUACUUUAUCCUUGAAAAAAUUUUUUUUUCUCAUUUGUCAUAUACAAUAUUUUGACUUUUCACAUCAAUACAGUAUUGAGUUUUUUAAAAUAAAUUUUCUCAUUAAGAUUCUUGUAACAUUUAAAAAAAGUUUAAUUUUUUUAAUUCAUGUUACAAAAGCUUUUUUUGUGUGCAUUUUGUAUUCUUUUCAUUGUGGCCCUAAUACAAUCAUAUAAAACAAGUACAUUAUGCGUUUGUUAUUUAAAUAUUUGCACGUAUAGAAGCAAAUUUCAAGGAUAAAAUAUCAGUUGGCAGAGAAAAAAAAAACAGCUGUUUGCUCAACUGACUGCAUGGUGACCAAUGGGAAAUCUUGUUCAUUGCAAACAUUUUUUGUUGUAGUUUCAUGGGAUGAUCUUGUUUUUAAUUUACUGUGCAUUCCCAUAAUUGCUAUUUAUUGCCCAUUGUUUCUCACUAAUUACAGUAUAUAGCGUCCUGCCUGAUAAUGUGUCCUGCUGUUUUCCUUUUGUAGCCACUUUGGUGAUGGCCCCUCACAGAGAACGUGUGGGCAUCCUUCCAGGCAAGUGGGGGCAGUGUUGACAUGUCGACGCUAUCAAUACGCUAAUAAAGCUCCUCUAGUGAGGUCUGUAGAGGAUACAAGCUUCUUUUGUUAUCUCACCUCAGCAGCGGCGCUGUAGCUAAUUGGAAGACAAAGUGGCAGAGGGUGUGCAGUGGUGAAGGUGGU